AUGGGAGGCCUUCCUGACACACACUACCGAAAGCCGACCUCUACGGACCGGUAUAUAACAUCCGACUUCAACUAUUUCGGUGCACAAAAGCAAGCUGCCUUUCGUUCGAUGUCACAUCGUCAUUUCCAGAUUCCGAUGGAAAAACGUGAAUUUGAAGCAGAAAGGAAGAAAAUCCAUGAGGCUGCUUUCUUGAAUGGUUACAACGAAGGCUUCAUGAACAAUAUCCUCCGGAAACACGAACGGAAAAAACACCGCCUAAACGCUACCACACUUCAUCCGCAGAAAGGGGAUAUUCAGAGGAUCAGCUUUCCGUUCUACCCAAAAGUGACAAAUGCCAUUCAAGGAGUCCUUAAACAACACGGGUUUCAAACAGCCUAUAAGAGCGCUCAUACACUGAAAGAUCUUCUGUGUUCCCUCAAGGAUAAGAUCCCGCCGGACGAAAAGUCCGGUAUUUACGAGAUUCCGUGUAAAUCUUGCCCGGCGGUGUACAUUGGCCAAACCCGUCGUAAGCUAAAGGUACGUUUGAGGGAGCAUAGAAACGCUGUGGAAAAUAAGCGACUCAACGAAUCGAGUGUAGCAGCUCACUCUACGGGGCUUAAUCAUGAAAUUUACUGGGACAACGCGAGACUCAAAAAGUGUGUCAGGAAGGCAUCCCAUCUAAAAGCAUGGGAACCCAUGUACUUCCACACUGCUGAGCCGUCGCUUACGAAUGAGUUUGAAGCUCCGAUUACAUCGAAUUUAUUCAACUUGGCCAAACAAAACAUUCAAUGA